AUGGCACGGAAACCCAAAUCCAUCGAAGUGGCGUCGACCUCCAAACUCGACAAACCUACACCAGCCCCAUCCACCGCGACCGCUACGGCUGGUCUUCUUUCGGACUCGGCCUCGGAUUCGGACUCGGGUGCUGGCUCCUCCUCGUCUGGUUCAUCCUCCUCAUCGAAGGCGAAGCAGAAGAAGAAGAACAAGUCCAGAGACCGACUCUCCCUCAACCAAUCCUUUGCGACCUCUUACAAACUCAAGAAACAAACCGAAGAACUCUCGAAACUGCAAGACAAGUACGGUACCAAACUAGACCAACUCUCUUCCAACGGCGAAGAAGACUCCGAAGCGUCGACGGUCUACAGCGAUGAUGAUUCGGAUGCCGAAUUGGUCACGCCACAAGUGGACGUCGCUAUUUUCAAGACGUUGGCCAAGAUCAGGAACAAGGAUCCCGCGGUGUACGAGCCGCAGAAGAUGGUCUUUGAAGAGGAGGAGAAGGGUUUGGCUUCCACUUCGGGCACUGCAUCGACAAAGCCCAAGCCUUCUUCGAGCAAGCCCGUGCUUUUGAAGGAUUACCAACUCCAGCGAGUGCUCGCCGAUCCUACGCAUUCACAAAUCGACGACGAAUCGAUCCCGGACGCCUCGUUCCAACCCCCGACCUACGCCCAGCAGGAACAAGCGCUCAAGGAACAAGUCAAACAAGCAUUUUUCCAAGCCAGCGAUUCGGACGACCAUCACGAGGGAGACGAUGACGAUGAUUUUUUGGUCAAGAGAACCCAGACCAAGGAUGAGGCGCAAAAGGAACAAGACGAGUAUGCGCAGUUUCUCAAGACCAAUUUGGGUGCUAAGGCAGUCAAGGAGGCGUUGCACGAAGAGGAGAAAUUCUUGAACGAGUCAGUCUGCACAGACCUGUUCUCUGGGAUACACUUGAAAGCUGACCCCGAGGCCCGCUUCCUCCUCAGCUACCUGCUCCACCGAGGCUGGAUUGACCCCAAAGCGAGAAAGAAUCGCAUCCCUUCCUACAAAGAAAUCACCGGCGGUAACGACAACUCCGAUGACGAGAUCGAACACGUCCAAUCGCUCGCCAAGGACGGCAAGAAAGCGCGUCAACUCUUGGCUGAAUCCGUCAAAGCCGCUGCUCUCAAAGCUGAGAGAGCCGAAGGCGAGGAGGAGGAGGAGGAAGAGGAGGAUGAAACUCGUCUCAAUCCAGGCUUGCACGAUUCGUCCGAUUCCGAAUUCGAGGAGCAAGCCGAAGAGUUCGAACACAAGUACAACUUCCGCUUUGAAGAAGCUCAAGGCGCCGACCUGGUCACCCAUUCCCGAACGGCCAUGUCCUCCUUACGUAAACCGACAACAGCGACGACCGCGCGCCAAAGGGCUCGAGAGGCGGCUAAGACCAAGAAGGAACAGGAAAAGUUGGAGAGGAAGGAGGAGGUGAGGAGGCUGAAGGCCUUGAAGAGGAAGGAGGUCGAGGCCAAAUUGGCGAAAUUGAUCGAGGCGGCUGGGGAAGGGACCAAGGGAUUGGAUGCCAUUGAUUUGGAGGGCGAUUGGGACGAGGCGGAACAUGAUCGAAAGAUGCAGGAGAUAUAUGGGGAAGAUUAUGAUCAGGGAGAGGAUGAGGGGUUUAAGCCGACAUGGGACGACGAUAUCGACAUCGGCGACAUUGAAGAGGUCGGUGACGAUGAGCUUGGAUUCGCCCAUGGCGGAGAUGACGGUGACGAGGCCAUGGAGGGAGACUACGACGAGGACGAGGAUGAAGAUGACGAGGAUGGCGAAAAACCAGGCAAUAAAAAGUCUAAACGCCAAGCACGAAGAGAAGCGCGCAAGAAGCGCAAGGGGCGUGACGACGAAGGUUUGCCAGUCGAACUACUCGAAGCCGCACGACAAAGUGGCGACGAAGCACGGAAACGCGUGGUCGAUGCCAUGGUCGAUGACUACUACGCCCUCGACUACGAGGACAAGGUCGGUGAUAUCGCCACUCGAUUCAAGUACGCCAAGGUCGAACCGACAGGGUAUAACCUCACUGCAGAGGAGAUCUUGCUCGCGACCGAUGCGGAGUUGAAUCAAUUCAUGAGUCUGAAGAAGUUGGCACCUUAUCGGAGGUCGGAUGAGGAGAAGGUCAAGGCGUCCAAGCAGAAGAAGAGGCUCAAGGAGUUGCGCGAUUCGAUCAAGGCUCGAAAGUGGGGAGACGAGUUGCCGGCAGAUGGAGAUGAGCCGCCUAGGAAACGCAAGAAGUACAGCCAAGAGACCGGUGGUAGUACAUCCAAGGAAGGUGGCGCCCCGAAGAAGAAGCGAGCGGGUAAGAGUGAGAGGAAGAGGAAGGGUAAGAGCGCUGGAACGAGUGAGGCAGGCGACGAUGCAGAGUAG